AUGAGUUGGUGGGACACCUCAGGAAUUACCAGUCUUGCCUCACAAGCUUUGAAGAAUGCACAGAAGAAGAUUGAUAAAGUUCUAGAAAUUGAUGAGGGUGCUAAACACAAAGUACAAAAGGAGGAUGAGAAAAGCCAAGGACAGAAAGAAGAUGGAGAUUUCUGGUCUGGAUGGCUUGGAGGGAAAAAGUCAGAAGGUGAAGAUGAUGCAGAGAAUUCACCAACAUCACAUUCCUCUUGGAAUCUUCCUUGGAACAGUACAGGCAGUGGAUCUGAAAACAUUCUUGGAGCUGGCAGCAGUAAUAACACAAAAGUUAACACUGAAGUAACGAAAGAUAACCCAGAAGUAACUGAAUCCACAUUGAAGAAAGCAGACGUGGAUGUGCAUGAUAGUGAGGUUACAACACUUGGCUCCUUGCCUCACAGAGAAACAGAUUUUGUGUCACCACCUUCCAGAGCUCAAGAAUAUCUUCCAAACCUCUCUUCUGAUGUUUCCAGUGUUUUUUUAGCUCAUGGAGAUAUAGAAAAAGAACUUCCUGAAGAAGAAAAUAUAUCUGUAUCUGAGAGUUUCAAUACAGGUUGGCAAGAUUUUCCAAUGGACGAUGAUGUAAAUGAGAUGCAAGUUGAUGACAAUAUAGAUGUAACUGAAACUAGUAAGAAUGAACAUGGAUUUGACGUUGAUGCAAACAAGAAUUUCGAGAAUUUUAUAAACAAUACAGUUCAGUCUACAGAAUGUGAAAACAGUGACAGACAGUUUCAGGCUGCUGAAUCUCUACGUGAUGUAGAAAAUGGCAAAGAUACAUUUGAUCUUGCUAACAGUAACACUGAAGAAGAUAUCUCAGUUGAUUUUAAAAGUAAUGUUAGUAUUGUUCCUGUAGAUACAAGCUCAGGAUCCGCUCAGAAUGCCAUUGAAGAGCUUCUUUCACCUGCACAAGAUGCAGAUAUUAGCUCAGACAAUAUUUGUACGCAGGCUUUAAUGCAACAGCUCAAACCUUUGCAGACUGAUACAUCUCAGUCUGCAGACAGUGAUCCGGUUGAUGAUUCCAAAGACACUGAUGCCAAUCCAGAUGGAAGUUUAUCUAAAUGCAUGUCUUCAGGUUAUUUCACAGCCACUUCUGAAGAGUGUGUCACAGAAAUUGUUGUUUCAACAUCCACUUCAGUAAAUGACAUGCAUCCUCAAGGGUCCAGCACACCCAUUGAAGCAUCACCAGCAGAAGCAAUAGAACCUGCAGAUGCUUCUCUGUCAGUUACAAGUUGUGAUACAGAUUUAUCCAUUAAAAGUUGGUUAGAAGAGGGAGCUCUGCCAUCAUUACAUAAUGCAGCUCUGGUUGAAGCUUCUGAGUUUCCAGGCACAUACACUGAUUCCGAAGCUCUGGCAAAACCUGCAGUUGAUGAUGUAGGUAACACAGAAUCUGGAUUACCAGAACUCAUGGCUAGCUCAGACUGUCAUAAGUCGCAGUCAGACUUCAUGCAAGAUUAUGUGAACAUCGGCAGUGUCAAUGAUGCAGCGCAAACUAGUUCCUUUGAUGGCAGCACCAGCCUCUUAGAGGAACUCCAUACCAGCAGUGAACUAGAGGUGGCCACAUCCAGAACCAACAGUGAUCUUGACCUUCCCGGUGGUGGCAGAAACAGCAGUACAGGCUCAUCAGAAACAAGUAAAUUUGACAGCAGUAUUGAUACAAUUGUCGAUCGAUCAAUAUUGGACAGUCAGAGCGAUGUUGAUUUGAUGGAAAAGGAACCUCCUUAUUCCCUGUUUGGUGACAGCCACACACUAGGAAGUGAAAUUGACCAUCCUGAAGAAAUUCAGUCAGGGCAGCUCAAUGACAGUUCACAAUCUUUAAGUUCAUCUUAUGUCAAAUGUAUGAUUGAGGAAGCAAUGGAAGACUUCAAUAAGACAGAAGAUUCUGGAAGUGAUAACCACUCAAGCGGUGAAAAGUCGGAAAGCUCAAAGAUAGAUUCAGAAUUGGAAAAGAGCAUUUACAGUGGACAUGAAUCCAGUGAUGAGAUUGAAACCACCACAUCCUCUGACAUAGAAAUCAUCUCUGCACCAACUCCCAAUGGAGACAAUAAAUAUCAUCUUCCAUUUGAUCUGGACCAAGGACAUCACAGAUCUGAUAGCCAGUCUAGUUCCAGUGCACAUAGCAAAGCUGGAGAGAUGGACCGUAUGAGUCCAGAGCGAGGAGGGGCAUCAUGGAGAGAUGAUGAUAUCCACCAUCAUGACCUCCAUGCUGUCAGAGAGGAAGCGGCCGAUAAUCCAUCUCACCCAGAAAGAUUACUGAAGAAACUGGCUGAGAUGGCGGAAGUUCUGCAGGCCCGAGAAAACAAGCUGGUUCAGCUGAGUAAAGAAAACCACCAGCUGACAGAAGACAACAACAUCUUACGCAAUCAGCUGCAGCAGUCAGAGGAAGCUAGAGAAGAAGAGAAUGCAGAUCUGACAGCCUUGACUGAUGAAUUCACAGCACGCAUAGGAGAGGCAGAAAAAAAGAUGCAAGCUGUUUUAAAAGAGAAAGAAUUAUUAAAACAGAGAUUAGCAGCUGCAGAAAAGGAAUUGGAACGACGGUCGGGUGAUUCUGACCUGCAAGCUUUGUUAGAUGAGAAGAGAGAACAAGUGGAAGAGCUUUUGAAGGAAGGAGAAAAGCUGAGCAAACAGCAGCUACAGAGCAACACUAUCAUAAAAAAACUGCGAGCCAAGGAAAAGGAGAGUGAUACAACAAUUUCAGCACAGAAGAAAAAGCUUGAUGAACAAGCCAAGGAAUUAGAAAGGUUGAUUUUAGUUUUGGACUCUAAGGAGGAGAUGGAGAAGAAACAGGCUGAGGCAAUAAGUCAGCUCAACGCAGCGGUUCAGAGGCAAGAGAAGGAACUUAUCAAGCAUAAGAGUGAUCUCGAAGAUGCUCAGGAGAAGGUCAGAGCUUUGCAGACUGCCCUGGACAAUUCCUACAAGGAGAUAGCAGAGCUGCAUCGCUCAAAUGCCUCACAGGACAGCAAAGCUCAAGAGGCAGCUCUAAGUGCAGAAAUGCAAGUGAGAGAAGAGUUGAAGGCCGCCAUGGAAAGAGAACAACAGCGCUUCAGACAGGAACGAGAAACGUUUAUUAUGCAGGUUGAUGAUUUGAGACUUGAAAUGGCAAAACUGGAGAAGGAACACAGCCGCCGUGAGGAUCUUUUGAGACAAGAGAUCACUCAUCUACAGGAGCGACAACAGCAAGAUGAAGCAAGAAGUCAAGACUUAACUCACAGUGUAUCAUCAGCUACACGGCCAUUGUUGCGGCAGAUAGAAAACCUGCAAGCUACGCUUGGAGCACAGUCGUCUGCAUGGGAGAGAGUUGAGAAAAACUUAACAGAUAGAUUAGCUGAAGCUCAGACCGCUUUGGCUAUGGCUCAAGAAAAGGAAAGAACUGCCAAUGACCACCUCAUGGAACUGUCGGCCAGAGUGGCUUCACUGGAAGCUGCCAACUCAAGAAUUAAGCAGGAGAAAGCUCAACUGGCAGCACAAGUGGAAAGUGAUAGAUCAAGAUUAGAGGAACUACAGGAUAUUAGAAACAGUGCUGUUGCUCAGAUGGAGACCACCAGACAGAAACUGAACCAGGAAUUGACACAGCUGAAAAUGGAUAAGGUCCAUCUUGAAUCCCAGCUGAAUGUUGAACGUUCAAGGUUGGAGAAUGAAAGAAAGAAGACUCUUACAUUAGAAGAACAACUGCGACAAGCGGAGCAAUCACGGAGUAGAGGGACACCAUCUCCGUCACCAUCUAUGUCUGUGAGUCGACAAGAAAGCAUGGCCGGAAGUAUGUAUGAACACCAGUCUCCUGGCCUUAUGAACUGGUCUUUCCAUGAAGAUGCAGACACAGUUACCUCGUUUGGAGGAACCAAAACCAGUGUGUAUGACAGUUUGAGACAGUCAGGGGCUGCAGUUGUUUUUGAAAACCUAUCUUCUCAGCUGAAACUGCGAGAGGGGGAACUAGCACACAUGCAGACAGAGAUUUCCCAACUAGAACACACCAGAGAGUCCAUGGCUCGGGAACUUGUCAAUUUGACUAAUCAGAAUGAAGAGCUACUGGAAGUUAAGAAAGCCCAUGAACUGUUGGAAAUCGAGUUCAGUGAACUGAAUAACCGAUACAGUGCUAUAUUACAAAUGUAUGGAGAAAAGGAGGAAGAGGUUCAAGAGCUGAAGCUGGAUUUACAAGAUGUCAAAGAAAUGUACAAAUCUCAGAUUGAUGCUCUGAUGGCAAAGUAA